AGCACAGUGUUGCUUUAAUGUCAUGUGAUGACAGUGAUUCAGAUAUUAGGGUCAUGCUGAGAAAAUGCAACAGAAAAUGCUGUUUCUGUCUGCGCUUUUCUUUAGAUUCUGAAUGAACUGAUUGGUGACACAGCAUUCUACCAUAGUAACAGGAGCAGUCUUAAUGGAGCAGCCUGUGGCUAUGCUAUGUUAUGGUAAAUAGCACUGAUGUGGUCACAUGACUCAGAAAAGGGGAAGCCCCCGCUGAAUGUGCUCCUUGACUUUCAUGGUUUAAAGUCAUUAAAAACCAAGUCAGUCUUUUAAACCACAGCUUCAAGGCCUGUCUUUGUUUGACAUUCUCUUUGGUUCUGGGAUGAGUCUCUACUGUUUUGGGUUUUUUUUUCUGAAGCUGAGAAAACCUUCACAGCUAAUCUAAGGGGACGUGGUUUUCCAAAGCAUCACUGCACACAUGGAUGGUCAUAAUGAUAGUGUUCCCUCUGUGGGGAAGCAGGCUUUGUCAGACUUUUCAACUGUCACCCUGAAUGGAGAAGCCACCACAGCCGAGCUGAGUGCAGCAUCAGCCCUAACUAAUGGAGAUACGCAAUGUUCAAGCACAGCAGAGACAGUGGACCAGACUCUGGACUCACUAGUGGAAGAUAUUAAAGAACUCUCACUUGAACCGAAGGCAGUUCCAUUGGUAAGGGCCAGUGGAACAGCAACUUUGACUCCUGCUGAUCAGCUAUGGAGCACCCACAGAGACAAGGCGGUCAAGCUGAGGAUGGAGGGCUCAGGCAUCGCCUCGGAGACUCCCAGGACCGUCCAUCAGCUGUUCCUGGAGGCGGUGGAACAGUGUGGAGACUAUCCAGCCCUUAAGUCCAAGAAAGAGGGUCAGUGGGUCACGCUGACCUGGAGGGAAUACUACAAACAGUGUCGAGCAGCUGCUAAGAGUUUCCUCAAGCUGGGCCUGGAGCGCUAUCACGGUGUGGGUAUUUUGGGAUUCAAUGCGGCUGAGUGGUUCAUCUCAGACAUUGGCUGCAUUUUUGCUGGAGGACUGGCUGCUGGCAUUUAUACGACAAACUCACCCGAAGCCUGUAUGUACGUAGCUGCUAACUGCGAGGCUAACAUCCUGGUGGUGGAGAACCAGAAACAGCUUGAUAAAAUCCUGCAGGUCAAAGAUCAACUACCUCAUCUGAAAGCCAUUGUCCAGUACAGGGGCGAGCCGCAGCAGAAGGCACCAUUCAUAUACACAUGGGAAGAGUUCAUGAAGUUGGGGUCAGAUGUUCCUGAUGAGCAGCUGAACGCUAGGAUCGACAGCCUUCGAGCCAAUGAGUGCUGCACUCUCAUCUACACGUCUGGAACCACUGGUAACCCCAAGGGAGUCAUGCUGAGCCAUGACAACCUGACAUGGACAGCCCGUACAGCCUCUACACUGGUGGACUAUUCCUACGGUGACGAGGUGCUGGUCAGUUAUUUACCGCUCAGCCAUGUUGCUGCACAGAUGGUGGAUAUUUGGCUCAGCAUGACAUUUGGAGGAACUGUCUAUUUUGCCGAUCCAGAUGCACUCAAGGGCUCAUUAGGGACCACACUGAGGGAGGCUCGACCAACUUAUUUCCUGGGAGUGCCCAGAGUGUGGGAGAAGAUGCAGGAGAAGAUGAAAGCCAUGGGCAUGAAGGCAUCCCCAAUGAGAAGGAGAGUGGCAAAUUGGGCCAAGUCUAUUGGACUGCAGUACAACUACAGUGCCAUGAAUGGUGAGAAUGUUGUGCCAUGGGGCUACAUGCUGGCAAAUAAUCUGGUCUUCAAGAAGGUGCGUGCUGCUCUGGGAUUAGACCGCUGCAAGAUCUGCUUCACAGGCGCCGCGCCCAUCUCCAAAGACACCCUGGAAUACUUCAUGAGCCUGAACAUCCCACUGAUGGAGCUGUACGGGAUGAGCGAGAGCUCCGGUCCACACACUGUGUCUGUCAAUCACGACUACAGCAUCACCAGCUGUGGGAAAGUGAUGCCAGGCUGUAAGACAAAGCUGGAAAACCCAGACAAUGAAGGGAUCGGAGAAAUCUGUUUCUGGGGUCGACACAUCUUCAUGGGUUACCUGAACAUGGUUGACAAAACAGCAGAAGCUCUGGACCAGGACGGCUGGCUACACUCUGGAGACCUCGGAAAACACGAUCGCAACAAAUUCCUGUUCAUCACAGGAAGGAUCAAAGAGCUGAUCAUCACUGCUGGUGGAGAGAACAUCCCUCCUGUGCCCAUUGAAGAUAAGCUGAAGGCUGAGGUGCCGAUUCUGAGCAACGUCAUGCUGAUCGGAGACAAGCUCAAGUUCCUCUCCAUGCUGCUCACGCUCAAAUGUGUCAUGGACGACAACGGCGAGCCCACAGACGACCUGAGCCCCGAGGCCCUGGACUACUGUCAGCAGCACGGUGUCACGGCAACUAAAGUGUCGGAGAUCAUAGCCAACCGGGAGCCGGCUAUCUACAAAGCCAUUCAGGAGGGAUUGGAGCGAGUCAACGCCAUGGCUACGUCCAACGCACAGAAGGUCCAGAAGUGGGUGAUCUUGGACAAGGACUUCUCCGUCCCUGGAGGAGAACUAGGACCCACCAUGAAACUGAGGCGACCGAUUGUCGUGAAGAUGUACGAGGACAAAAUAAAUGAAAUGUACGCAGUGGCGCAGGCCAACCAGUAGAGGCCUCAGCUCAGAUGCUGGUGAGAAGCACUGGGGCAUAUUUAUAUGAACAAUGGGCUGAGUCCAACAAUAGGUUAAGAAUGAAACCUGAGCUCUGAUUCACCUGGAUGAAGUGCAAAACAAAGACGCAGUAUCUCGAUGCUAACUGUUGCUAAUCAAUAUUUAAGCUGUCAAUUGAUAACACAGUCGCACUGCAAAUGUGCAAUUUUUUGUAAAUAAAUCUCACAAAACAGAGCCAAACGUUUGCCAUUUACUGUGAGGAAAUGUGGUAUAAGAGAACCGUACACUGUCUAUUCAGACUUUUUACUAAUUACAUCAUCACAAGACCUGAGAAACAGUUCUAGUGAUUCCUAGGAUUAUCUCUACGGUUGCAGAACAAUUACUUUCUAGCAUCACACACACGUUGAUUUUUGUUUUCUUUUUAUCUUAUAUUUAAAUGAUAUUUUUCUCCCAAAACACAUUUUUAAGACAUGGUCGUUCAGGGUGGGAAUCAAUGGAUGAUGAAGGUAAUUUACAAUUAUAAACUAUUAUUCCACUUCCACUAGCAAGUCCAGAUCGUGCAUAUAUUGUUUUUUGAUUUUUUUUUCAAACACUACCAGUUACAAUAUUUUUCUCGCCAGUUUUCAGUUUUUACAUUUUUUUUAUUGCAACACUGGCCUCUGUAGGUGAGAAGUUAUCUUUGAUGAAGUGUUAUGCUGUCAUGAAAAUUGUUUGAACAUAAUAUAAAAUGUUUAAAUGUUAAUAUUCAAACUGAUUUUAUUAAAUGAAAACACAAAAAAUACUGUAAAAGGCCUGCAUUUAAAUAAAUACAUCUCCAUGUACAGUUUGACAAAUUAAAUGUGAAAUGUUUGUUUUGUGAUUUCAUGUUUAUAAAGUCAGUUUCAUCUGUG